AUAUUAUACUAUCAAGCACUCUUUAGCAAAAGCCAGGAUUUAGGUGCUCAAUAGCUAAGAUGUACCGCAGUUGCAAGCUGAUAGAGCUCAAUCGAGUCCAGAGGCGUGGCUACGUCGUGAAACCCAAUGUUGAAAAGGUCGUUCUAACUCCAGGUCGCCCUAUUGGCCGCGUAGGGUUCCUUUUUUCUAAGUUAGGAACUCGCACGCAAGAGGCCCAGAAUCAGAAUAUUUUGAGGCGCUUAGAUAUGUGCCUCCAUCCAGUCGAGACGAAGUUUACUGAAGAACAGCGUCACGAAAGAUUGGAGGGCCUUUUGUGUUUAGAAACAGCCGUUAAACUCGUCGAAAAGCCUGAGUUGCUUCGAAAAACGGCUUCCCUGGAAGUGAAGAAGGAUGCCAAUAUUCGCGCGGUGGCUUGGCUUCGGGAAAUUGACACGAUCUCGGAAGCCGCCGAGCUGGCUUCUAAGCCAGAUGAGAUGCUUCUGAACCAGCUGAAAUACGAAAUGACCCUUGGGGAGGUGUUGUCCGUGAACACGUCUGUCGGUCUGCGAUUGCCUUUGGACACGGUGGCACCGGUUGAGACGUGGUGGACGGCUUACGCGGCAGCUAAUAAGUUGCAGCGUGAAAGAGUGCUGUUUUCGACGGUGACUGGAAUUCCCUUUAAUAGAGAAGAAGAGGAGGCGAUGCGUCUGCUGGGGUUGGCGUGUGUCUACAAGUGCAUCAACAGAUACCUCAAAAACGAAAUCAGCAAAAAUAUGGAUAGCUUGCUUCCGAAAGUUCUAAAGGAGUCCUGUCAGAAAUUCGGGCCCGUUUUGCGGGGAGACAAGCAAGGGACUCUCCAACUCAUUGACAAACAGGCGGAAGUUAUUAGAAAGUUAAAAAGCGUCCCCGUUAACGAGUGGACUGCUGGGGAGAUUGUCGAUGGCCUAAUUGAGGUCCGAGAUCAAUUUCGAGAAGUCGGCUUGGCUCUUUUGUACCAGGCUGGGUUGCAUUAUGAGGCUUCAACGGAUUCGUCUGUGAUUGAAAGUUGGAAUAUUAUCAAUGAGGCCCACCUUAGAGGUUCGGCGGAUCAAGUGAAAGCAGCUGUUCAGCAAUUGAAGGCAAUCUAUGCUCAGUCGAAGCCAUCCGACAUCGAGUUGAUCCAAUCAAUUUUUCCCGAUGAAGUUCAAGCAUUGAAUUCUGCUUUGGGACAGUAUUCCGAAUUGGCAGAAAGCAUCUCAGAAGAUCUGCUUGCCGAGCAAUUUGCGCGACGUGCCAUAGACUUGUCCCACAAGUGGGAUCUCAAGACAAUUAAUCAUCCCGAACACGCAUGAACUCAAAUUUCGUCGGCGAAACAAAGUGUCAAGUCUCUCCGCGCAGGAGAGGCAACGCAUUCAACACAUGACACCACAAUAAAGCUUUAGAGCGACUGCAGGGCUAGACGCCCGAUUCGAACAAAAAAAAAUUUAGAUCUCUGCGACGCGUCUCGGGCUUUAAGAAUUUGAGCCUUUGCGAUUUUCGCGAAAUUCAUUUUUAGCUUGACUCCGUCCUUAUGCCACACGUUCUAUACACAUAUCCCAAUAACCCCCGGGCCUACAAGGCGCUGGUUACCGCGGCCUACGCCAACAUUCCUGUCGAGACGCCGAGUUUCGACAUGAAGACCAUCAAGACGCCCUCUUAUUUGGAGCGUUUUCCCCCUGGCCAGGUCCCUGCCCUGGACAGCGAGGACGGCCCGCUGUGGGAGAGCAAUGCGAUAGCCAAGUACUUUGCGCGAAAGGGAAACGUGUGUUACGGCUCGUCGCCUUAUGAGUCGUCUCUGAUCGACGCGUGGAUCGAUUGGGAUACUGGCAAGUUGCAACAGCCUCUGAUGGUGUGGCUGUACCCCAUAUACGGCUACCUUCCGUACAACCAGGAGGCUACCGAGACGGCCAAGAAGAACGUCGCGGACGCGUUGAACGUCUUGAACAAGCACUUGGCGAAGAAGACCUACAUUGUGGGAGAGUCGGUGAGUUUGGCCGACAUCGUCAUCGCUUGCACGUUGCACAUACCCUAUCAGAAAGUUUUUUCCCCGGAUUACAGAAAGCCGUUUGGAAAUGUGACCCGCUGGUUCAAGACCAUCAUCAAUCAGCCGAAAUUCCUCAGCGUCGUGCCCGCGCCUUUUUCGAUGUGCACUGAAAUGGCGGUUGCGGCGCCUCAGGCGGCCCCUCAGGCGGCCCCGAAGUCCGAGCCCGAGCCAAAGCCGAGCGCGAACGGCGCCUCGCCGGCGAAAAAGAAUCCGUUGGACUUGCUUGCGCCGACUUCCUUUGAUCUAGAAGAAUGGAAGCGCGUCUUUUCGAACAACAGGAAGGACCCCAUGUACGCCGUCAACUGGUUCUGGGAACAUUAUGACUCCGCUGGGUGGUCUUUGUGGUUCGCGGAGUACAAGUACAACGAAGAGCUGACCAAAGGAUUUAUGGUCUCUAACCUCAUCAAUGGUUUCAUGCACCGUCUGGAGGCUGCGCGCAAAUACGCCUUCGCCAUCAUUAAUCUCUACGGGGAGGAAAACAACUUCCAAAUUAGCGCCUGCUUCUUGGUCCGUGGCUUGACGCUCCCCGCCGAGCUCACCGCGGAGUACGUCGAUGACGUUGACAGCUACGUCUGGCGCCAAGCCGACAUCAACAAUACCGAGGACAAGGCCCUGAUCGAGGAGUACAUGAAGCAGCCGGACGUGUUCAAGGGAAGAAGUCCGGACGUCGUCUACGACUCAUUUGUCUUCAAAUAAUUCUGUCGAAAAAAAAAUAAAAAAAAAAGAGGCCUUUCUUAUUCAAAAAAAACA